UUCAAAAUGUCUUGGAGCUUAACAAAAUACUACAAUAUCUUCUACCAAGGAGUCAGGCCCAAGAUCACUGUAGGAAGUUGUUCUGCCCCACAAGAUGAUCACAAGAAGGUUGUUGCAGACAACCUUCUUGUCUGCAGAUGCUCGGUCUGAUGCAUUAAGAAGUCCAACAUUAACGCUAAAGAGAAGAAGAAAAUACUUGAAGAGCUCAACAAAAUUAAGGAUUAUAUAGACAAAAAUACUGAGAAAUAAGGAAUUCCACUGGCUUGCCCAACACUUGACUAGUCCUAAUAACACCUUGAAAGGGUGUGAAAUAAACAUCCCUGAGUACGUCUUCUUCAACAAUGGCAAACCUGAGUUCGUACUUAAAAAGGAUAAAGAUGGAUUCCUCAAUGUUAUUACACAGGAGGAUAAGCUCCAGUUCUACAAAAUCAGGCGCACUCUUCAUAAUGUUAUCAGAGCUAGGAAAAGGGGCCUCACGGUGGAAGAGCUUGGAGAGAAUUCCAAGUUAGACAUACUGUCAAAAGACCCUUCAUUCGAAGUUGAUCAUAAGAUGGCCAACUUAAACCUUGAUUCUAGCCCAAAGAAGAGCUCAUCUAAAAUGUCAGAGUUCGGGUUUAGUCCAAAAUCUAUCCUAAAGGCUAGCUCUGAACCACCUGAAUUAAAUAAGGAUUCAGCAAUCAUCAGGUUUCUCGAUGGAAAGACUAAAAUAGUUGGAGACGUUGAACUUGCUGAGAAGUUUUCCCAAAGCUCAAAUAUAAAUUAUUGGAAAACAGUCAGGUCGAUUAACACUCUUGUUAAAUCAAAGAUCGGAAUUGGGACACCUAUCUUCAUCAAUUACAUAAUUCCUUAUGAAAAAUUAGGAUCUGAGAUAAACUAUGAUUUUAGAGAAUUUGAUGAUGAAAUUGAUUACAAAAAGCACCCAAACUAUGGCCUUCCACUUGACAAGUACUGCCUCAAACAAUGUCUGAAAAUCUGAUAUUACUUACAGAAAAUAUUCCUAUACGAGAUCAUAAAGAUGGACUGAGCCUUUGCGAUGGGCGAAAACGAAGUCUGUCUUUACUAUGUUUCUGACAUUCAUAUCAGAGAGAUGAAAGAGGCCCAGCCUUUCUGGAUGAAGGAAAAGUCUGAAUCCAAAUACCUUGACACAUACCACCACAUCGAGGGUGAGAACCGAGAUUUCAUUGAUAUGUACUACCAAAAAGAGCCUCAAGACCUCUAUCCUAAGAAUGGCAAGGAAGUCACUCCUUACGAAGCCCUCAAAGCUGUCAUGUACAAAGAAUUUGAAGUGAUCAAAGAGAGCAACGGAAUCGACGAUAUUGUGAACUACCCCUUCUUCUGCCAGGAAGAUGAGAAAGAUAACGACGAAGCCCUCAAAGAGCUCCGUCCUGGCAGAAAGCACAAAGUUAUGAGAGACUUCCUAGUCAAAAAUAAAGAUUUCAGAAGAUUCAAGUAAAAGAGGGAAGACUGCCCACAACCGAAGGAAGAAAUCAAAUUGAAAGAAAGUACCUCAGAAGAAAGCUCAAAAUCAGUUGCUUCAGAUCAAUUCGUUCCAAAACUGUUCAAAUAUUUAUGAGCAGAUGAUUUCUGAUCAAAAUUCCAUAAGAUGCUCCAAUAGAUCAAUUUAUAAUCCUGAAUACCUCAAGAAAAUUCACAGCAACUAUCAGAAAAAGAGGGUUGGGCCAUUCGAGCUGAGGAAGCUCAGCGCUCUCCUUAAAAAGCAACAACAUCACACAACAGCUGACUUCAAGAAGGAGCUCCUCUCACAAUCUUCAGCAAGAUCUCUUGAGAGAAGACUUGUCAAUACAAGCAAUAGAUCGAUAGGAAGAUCUCGGAGAAUACAUCAGGAGGCUUCUUCAUACUCAAGAUUCCUGCAUAAUUUCACUGACUUAUCUUCUCAGAGGGGUAAAGAUCAGCAAACAACUAACAACUUAAAAAUUCUUGUCGGAAAAAUGUCUGCUCCAAGAAGUGGCCCAUCAAGAAACAGAGUUCAUCGUCUACGAGAGACAGACAACAUCAGAACAAGACAUGACUCAACACAAGGCUGCCAAGAAAAGUACAUAAACAUCACUGAAUUCAGAAGUGACUUCCACAAGAAGAUGUUCAAGUCAAAACAAGUGUCCAUUAAGGAGGCCAGAGCAGGGAAGAUCCUGACCACUCAUUCCUCAGCGGAUUACACGUAUAUUUAGAAGACAAUUUUUAGA